AUGACGAGCAUGAUGUACCCAGUAACAGACAAGAUAGCUAAGUUAGCAUCGAGCCGUGUUCCGCAACUUAUCUACUCUUACCGUCCUGGGAGGCUGGUAAAGUUUGGAACAUGGAUUUUAUCUGUCACCUUUCUAGGGUACGGUCUUUCGUUCGCAGACUGGUCCAUUUCAUCGACGCUGAAUUUAUUUGAUGAGGAAAAGGAAAAAGCACUAACUGAAGAGAAACCAUGGUAUAAGGAGCCUUCAUUACUAUUAGCAGGUAGAUUGGGUCUAAGUUCAUUAAUGGUUACAAUUCCGCUAGCGUUAUCUGUUUCAGCUAUAUAUUUAAAGUCAAGAAUUCUAACCAACAUAUCUUACAUACCGGGUUCCCCUGCUAAGUUUGAAAUGACUAGAUUUUCAGCUUUAGGAAGAGAGAUUAAAGAAGUAGCAGUUAUGGAAAAUCUUACAAGUAAAUCGAAAAUCUAUACUGGUGUUGGAAAGAAUGGAAUGGAGGACCGUUCUUCUUUUUUCUUCUUCGUCACCGACAGCACGAAACCUACGUUAAAGGGUCUUUAUAUCUUCAAUAGAUCAGCUGAUAUCUGGAAAAAUGAUGGACGAAUUUUUGAUUUGUUAUUUAGACGAACUCCGACAGACAAUUCUAAAUCUAAUGGUGAGUCGGCCACCGUUAAAAUUAGACACUCAACGUCCGCUGAAGAAAUCAUAAAAAAAACAAGUGCCAGAGCCAAAGUCAACGGUUUUGACAGUAGGGAUAUAGUUAGGCAGAAAUAG